CUCUUCCGGACUCAUUCCCUCUCGGUUGUGUGCAGACAGCGAGCUCAGUGCUGAGACCAGACACUUGUGGAGAGGAACGCCGUCCAUCAUUGAAUCUGACUUCAGGGCAGCUGUCUGAGGAAGAAAGAUGACUCCCCCUCUCAAGAAAUGGAGGGGCACGCCUCGUAGUCAUGACUGUCAGCAGUGUGGUAAAGAGUUCCCUUAUUCAUCAGAUUUAAAGACGCAUAUGCGAGUGCACACUGGAGAGAAACCAUACAGCUGUGAGAUCUGUGGGAAAGAUUUCACAAGGUUAUCUUCAUUAAAGAAUCAUAUACGCACUCACACUGGAGAGAAACCAUACAAAUGUGAUCAGUGUGGUAUGGCCUUCUCUCGAGUAACUACUCUAAGGAUCCAUCAGCGUAUCCACACUGGAGAGAAACCGUACAGCUGUGAGCAAUGUGAUUUGGCCUUCUCUCAAGCAAUUACUCUGAGGAUCCAUCAGUGUAGCCACACUGGAGAGAAACGGUACAGCUGUGAGUUCUGUGGGAAAGCUUUCACACAUUCAUCUGCAUUGAAGAAUCAUAUACGCACUCACACCGGAGAGAAACCAUACAAAUGUGAGGACUGUGGUAAAAGUUUCAGUCAGCUGUCUAACUUCAAGACUCACAGAAACAUCCACACCAGAGAAUUACUCUACCCUUGUCAGGAUUGUGGGGAAGUCUUUACUGAUCAAGGUGCUUUUAAGUAUCAUGAGCGUAUUCACACUGGUGUGCAAUGUGGGAAAACCUUCAGGCUUAAAAAUAGCUUUACACGCCACCAGCUGAUCCACACUGGAGAGAAGCCUUUCAGCUGUGACCAAUGUGGGAAAACUUUCAGGCAUAACAACAACUUUACACUUCACCAGCAGAUCCACACUGGAGAGAAACCACACAAAUGUAGACACUGUGAGAAAGCCUUCAGAAGUCAACAGGAAUGCAUCAUACAUGAACGUGUCCACACCGGUCUGAAACCAUACGUCUGUGGGGAGUGUGGGAAGAGUUUUGGUAGGUCAUUUUCACUUAGCAGACAUAAACUCACCCAUGCUGGAGUCAGAGAGUACCAGUGUGAGCACUGUGACAAAAGGUUUGCUUCAGCUCACAAUCUUAAGGAGCAUCUGCGUAUCCACACCGGACACAGGCCGUACUGGUGUGUUGGUUGUGAGAAAAGCUUCACAUGGAGCUCUGAGGUGAAAACACACAAAUGUGUCAAAAAAGAGAGCUAGGGGGUGCUCAUGAGCAGUGACAUGUAGAGACAUGGGUUUACUAGCUCUGCAUGGAUUAAAGUUAAAUAUUGUUUUUUGCUCUCACACAGUUUAAAAGUUAAAAAAAUAGAUAUCCCAUUGUGUUUGUAGCUGUAUAAUUCAAAAAAUAGACGUCUCCUGAACCAUCCAGUGAGUUAAAUUGCCUUGAAACGCCAAAACAUGCGAAGGCCAAAGCAGGCCCAGAGGCUUUGGACUCUCCUGACUCUGAAUCCCCGAAAUCCCCGAGAGCUUGUCGGACGUGGAUGCAAUAAUGCUGGCGCUGCAGAGAAUGGGACAAAGUGUGGUAGCUAAGAUCGAUACGUCCAUCGCCGCAUUAUCAGGUGAACUACACAAGAAAAUAAACCAUCUCUCAAGGGACAUGAGAACGGAAAUUACCAAAGUCCAAAAAGAGAUAAAAGCAUAUGCUCCACGGAUCCAUAGCCUGGAGGAAGGAGCUAACAGCUAUGUUAACAGGGUCGUGGAGUUGGAAAAUAAAGUUAGGUGUCUCACGUUAGAGGUCACUUGGUUGACGGCUAAAACUGACGACCUAGAAUGUCGCCAACAGAGAGACAACUGCAGAAUAAUUGGCGGGGAGGAAGGUUUUGAAGACACACGACUGGAGGCGGCGGUGGCUAAUUUGCUGAAAGAUACCCUGGACCUGACCUACACACCCACACUGGACAGAGUGCACCAGAGCCUGCAGCCUAGACCACACACUAACCUGUUAUAUGCUAGAAGGUAGGGGGACUAUUUGUAGGGCAGUCUCAUGUUCAGGGAAGACCAGCCCAGGGUUCCAGGAUGGCAAGGGGAGGUUUGUUUCUUUAUCUGGUAUGUUUUCUUUUUUGUUUUUUUCUGAUGCAGUAUUGUAGUUUCAUUAUGACUUAUUCUGGUACAGUACACAGCCAGUGUGUGUAUUUAUAUCAAGUCUUUU